GCAACGAUUGGCAUUAUUUGGUACCACCUCGGUGCGGCGUUUGUUUUAUUUGUGUUUUGUCGUUUUAUUUCGUGUGCCUUUUAUAUUCAUUUUCAGAGUAUAAUUGAAUAUUUUUCUUUAAGACUUGAAUUAAUUUGAAAUUGAGCAACGAAAAGUGUUUCUCUUUUUGUUAAAAUGGCUGCAAUUCGUCAUUUGGUAACAGUACCGCUUGCACUAUGUUCAUUCGUUGGUGUCUUUUAUGCCAUUGGAAAAUUGAUGGUAUUUUUAUCGUUGCCAGUGAAAAUUCCAAUUCAUCAAGUUUGGCUUGUGAAUUUACUGGAUGACUGGAGCAAAAUCGAAACAGCUUUACUACCUCUUACAACUGACGCAAUUUUAAUUUUCGCCUUCAUCCUACCUCAUAGUUUUCUACGAAAUGACAUUUUCAAGUCUCUUUUGCAACGAAUCGGACUAUCAUCCGCAUCAAGAUGCAUCUACAAUUUGGUGACAUCAGCUUCGCUUUUGCUUUUGAUAGGCAAAUGGGAAAGGGUGCCAUCACUGACGCUGUGGAAUUUCGAUGUUGAGUCCAAUCAAAUUCUUUACUGGGUAUAUUUUACUCUGCAUUUCGUUGCAUGGAUCGUGAUUUAUGGCGGAAGCAUUGUUAUGGAUUUACCCGAGUUAACUGGCGUGAAACAAGUUUACUAUGAUUGGAAUAAUUUGUUGCAUCCAUUACAAUAUAAAUCGCCCCAACUUGUUGCUUUAUAUGAUCACAUCCGUCAUCCAUCAUUCAUUGGAUUUUCUCUGAUUUUGUGGUUCCCAAACAUCAUGAGCUUUGAUCGCCUUCUCCUCGCCAUCUUAUGGACAACAUACAUGUUUAUUGCUUGGAGAACUGAUGCCCAAGAUGUAGCUUACCAACGCGAACAACUUCAGCGCAAAAAAGCUGAACUUCUAAAGUAAAACGAUUACCUCAUUUAGUUACAAUCAAAAAUCUACCUAAUACAAUACUCUCAUCAAAUCACCGCCAAUAUUACCUUUUAGUCAAUGUAGUUAAAUAUCAAUUGAUGCAGAGCUAAAGUUCUUUGUCAUUCAAUCAAUGAAACAUUAAAUAUACAAACAGUUCAUUUGUACACCGACUUUUAAGAAAA